GUCCAUUUCGUUCCCGGAUUUUUUCUGGAAUUUUUUUGUUUGUUUUUUGGUAUUUUCGCAUCAAAGAAGCCCUCAAAUGACGACUGAAGUUCCAAAAAUGAGUCAUCGCACGAAGCGUCGCGUGCGAGAAGUGAAAAGAAAGGCUCGACCAGAGCUGAAUGACAAACAUUUGUGGACCCAGAUGGGAUAUGCGCAAAAUUUCGAGAUUUUUAAGCAAGUUGAAGACACGACGGAACGAAUUGACGUCAAUGAAGUGAGUUGCGAGGAGUUUAUUGCCAAAUACGAGUCGAAAUACAAGCCUGUCGUGAUCACGGGCAUCACUGCGGGCUGGAAAGCCAACGAAAAAUGGACAUUGCCUCGUCUCGCGAAGAAAUAUCGAAAUCAAAAGUUCAAAUGCGGCGAAGACAACGAAGGGUACAGCGUCAAGAUGAAGAUGAAGUAUUACGUAGAAUAUAUGCAGAAAAAUAGCGACGAUAGCCCGCUUUAUAUCUUCGAUAGUAGCUUCGGGGAACACAGUAAACGGAAGAAAUUGCUCGAAGAUUACGACAUUCCGAAGUAUUUUCGGGACGAUUUGUUCAAAUAUGCCGGCGAAAGUCGUCGUCCGCCAUAUCGUUGGUUCGUGCAAGGUCCCGCACGCAGCGGUACAGGCAUCCAUAUCGAUCCAUUAGGUACAAGUGCUUGGAAUUCCCUCAUUUUUGGACAUAAACGUUGGUGUUUGUUCCCCACAAAUUGCCCCAAGGACCUUUUGAAGGUCACAAGCACGAUCGGGGGCAAGCAACGUGACGAAGCAAUAACUUGGUUCAGUCUCAUCUACCCGAAAACGAAGAUGAUCGACUGGCCUGCCGAAUUUAAACCCAUCGAAAUCUUACAAAAACCCGGAGAAACUGUUUUUGUGCCCGGCGGAUGGUGGCAUGUUGUACUUAACUUAGACGACACCGUUGCUGUCACUCAAAACUUUUGUAGUCGCACAAAUUUCCCCAUUGUGUGGCACAAAACGGUUCGAGGACGUCCCAAGCUAUCGAAAAAAUGGUUGCGCGCUCUCAAGGAGAACGAACCGGAGCUGUAUGCGCUCGCGAAUCACAUCGAUUUGCAACAAAGUACGGGAUUCGCAUCGGAUUCCAGCUCAAAUUCGUCGUCGUCGUCGAGCAGCGAUUCGAGUGACAGCGAUAGCGAUUCAAAUACGGAUGAUAGCGGGCAGGAAAGUUUGUCGGCGCACAAAACGAAACGCAGGAAGAUCGAUUCGAGUGGCGAAAACUCCCAACGAAAUUCCGCAGAACCAACUUCCUCUUGAUAGCUGUAGCGUCUAAAGAAACUUUUUUCACAACAAUGCCAAAUUGUAAAUUAUUUUCUUCGGAAUAGGACAAUACGGAAGUUUUUUCGUUAAUUUGAUAGCAAAAAAAAGUAAAAAAUAUUGAAUAGUGUAAUCUAAAGCUGCAUAUCUACAAACAAAAAAAUUUUUUGAGUCGUUUCAAAUCAAAUUAAAAUUUUCACAAAAAUUAAA